AUGCAUGGCGAGCUCCUACGGCGGCGCUAGAUCCGGCGGCCCCGGGGCCGGCUUCAAUGCCAGCAUGCCGCGAGUUCCAAUGGGCGCUGGAGGGCCGCCUCCGCAGGGCUGUGGCUUCCAGGCGCCCGCGGCGGUGCCGUUCAAUCCCGGGGGCUUCAUCGGCGUCUAUCCGGCCAUGGGGCCAGGGCAGCUGGGAGUCGUCGGCGCGAUGCAGCCGGGGGGCACGCUGGCUGGGUAUCCAUUGUACCCUAUCUCGGCAUGGCUGGCUUCCAGCAGCCGGGCAUGCUGCCUCAAGGACCUUCGGCGGCCCCCGGCCCAUGAUGAGCUCCGGCCCCGGCGGCUGCGGCUCGCCCGGGGGCGCGGAGAGGCCGCCCCCAUCGGAGGAGAGGCAGCGCGGCUGCGGCGAGAAGGGCGGCGAGGGCCGGAGGGGCGGAGGCGGUUUUGGCGGCGGCGGCUUUGGAGGAGGCGGCCUGGACAGGAGUGCCUUCGGCGGAGGCGGGCGUGGCCGUGCUGCUGGUGGGGCGCCCGUCGACAGCGUCGAGGGCGGGCGUGGCUUCGGAAGCGGCUACGGCGGGGCGGAAGGAUCUGGUCACGCCAGCGGCAUCAAAGGUGGAGGCAAGAAGGGCGGCAAGGGCAAGGAUGGUUGCGGCGGCCGGGACGGCUGCGGCGGCCAGGACGGCUACGGCAGCCGAGGUGGCUACGGCAAGGGUUUUUCGCAGGCCGAGGGCGAGGGCCACCAGCAGAAGGGAGUCCGGAGCGGUGGCGACGACAGCUGGGGACGUGGCAAGGGUAAGGGCAAGGGCAAAGAGAAAGACAAAGACAAAGAUAAAGGCAAAGACAGGGCUGCCCGAAGGACCGGCCGAGGAGGUUCGAGCGGCCCGACAGGCCGGAUGAGCAGCCGCACGUCGCGGAGAUAA